AUGUUGCAGCUGAAGUGGAGGGGCGUUGAGGAUGUGGUUUGCGACGCCUGGUUUGUGGUCUUUCACAGUUUCGACAAGAAGGAUGUCGUGCGCGUUGAGAUGCUUCCGGGGAGGCCAUCACGGGGCCAGUGGGCAGAUAAGAGCUGCCUCCAGCUGCAGGACAUUCCUCCCGGUCACUUCUGGGUUUCGGUCCUGUGCUGGCACAGGGGCGCUCUCACCAUGCCUUUGGCGAUGGGGCACUGCGAGAUCUCAGAGAUCUCAGCCUCCCCAGCCAUCGAAGGAGAGGAGAAAGGUUCCAUGACGUGGUGCCCUGUGCCAGAUGUCGUGGCGGUCCCCAAGGAAGCCAAACCUUGGCAAGGUGUUGAUGCAGGAACCGACCCAAAGGAUGUGAUCAGGCCAGUCGCACAUGCAGAGGUGCAGAAUGUUCCAGCAUCGGUGGAUGCCGCAAGCCAGUUCCCGGCAGUUCCUGUGGAGAUGUGCGAUGCUUCCACUUCGCCAGAGAUUGCCUCUGCUAGCGAGAAGCGAACCGCAAAAGUGGGCACCGGUCUCGGAAGCUUCGACCUCCCGGUGCAGCUCCUUUGCCAGGAGAGUGCUUCAAGUCAAGUGGGCUCCCAGGCGGAGGGUGCAAAAGGACUCUGGCUCAGCUGGCUGCCUCAUGGCCUGGCGGAGGCUGCGCCGCGGCUGGUGGUUCACGCACGGCACAUGGCCGGAGGGGAUGCGCCAGGCGAACCUGGAGCACGGGUGCCUGCAGCCAUGAGCUUAAACCAGGCUUCCUUCGAGCACUUGGAGGCCGGCCGCUACGAGUUCCUCUUGAGCUGCGAGUUGGGCGCCUGCUAUGCAGAGGUGAAACGAUGUCCUCACGAUCGCUGCGCGCAGCAUGUAUGGUCGCACAACCUCGAGGAACAUGUGCGGCAUUGUCCCUGGCAGCCCCGCGCAUGCCCCCGUGCACCGGUCUGUGAUUGGCAUGGGUGCGAGGAUGAGCUCCAGGAUCACUUGCAAGAGUGUCCUGGACAGCAGAUUCCUUGCCAGCACAGCGAACUGGGCUGCUGGUGGGUGGGUACGGCCAAGGACCUUGCAGCACACUUGGACCAAGACUGUGAGGCUCAGAGACUCUUGGACAUCGUGGGGCCGUUGAACGAGCUCUUAAGCGAAGCCUGCCCUGACUAUCGCAACCCGGAAGUGCUGCGCUUGCAGGCGAAGGCCGCCGCCUACCGACGCUCGGUGUGUGCUCCUGGCGGGCCCUGGAGGGAGUGGAAGACGCCCGGCCGCUGCUUCUCGUGCCGAAAACCGGUCGAACGCAGAGAGCAAGGACUUCAAGGCGGUGAGCGUUGGCUGUGCUGGUCCUGCUUGCCACGGCACGUCGAUUGGCAGCACUUCAAGACGAGCUGA